ACUUCUAAAAGAGAUAAAAACAAAAUGGCGGCAUAUGGAGGACAAGCAGCUGAUGGACUUAGGGCCGUUAGGCUUGGCAAGGCCCGUGAGAGGGAGAUGGAAGAUGCCGAGUUCAGGAAGAAGAAGUUGUCUGACAGUCUCAAGGUGGAUAAGAUAGAAAACAAGUUCUCUGCACAUUUUGACGCGGUGGAGAAUGAGAUUAAAGCUAGCACGAUCGGACUCGUCACCAUAGACCAGAUGAAACAGACUCAGGAGAGAGCAAUGUUGGAACGUGAGAAGAGAUUAGUAAAGAAAGAGAAGGAUAAGAUUAAAGAACAGCAGGAUAAAAUUAGAGAAAAAGAAAAGAAGAAAGAGAAAGAGAGAAAGAAACUAAAAGCUCUUUCUUUCGUCGACGAAGAGGAAGAAGAAGAAGAAGAAAAUGAAGAAGAUUCUCCUCCGAAGAAGAAAAGGUUUGGCAUGAAUCCUGAUGUUGAUACAACAUUUCUUCCAGACAGGGAUAGGGACGACGAGGAGAACAGGUUGAGAGAGGAGUUGAGACAGCAGUGGGAGUCCAAGCAGAAACAGAUAAAGGAGGAGGAGGUUGAGAUAACCUAUAGUUACUGGGAUGGUUCUGGACACAGGAAAACUAUAUUUUCUAAAAAAGGAAAUACUAUUUAUCAAUUCCUUUGUAAGGUUUUGGAAUCCAUCCGUGGAGAGUACCCUGAACUAAAGAUAGCAUCAGCUGACCAACUUAUGUUCGUUAAAGAGGAUCUCAUCAUUCCACAGCAUAACACAUUCUACGAUUUUAUUGUAUCCCGAGCCAGAGGUAAGACUGGACCAUUGUUCCAAUUCGACGUCUACGACGACGUUCGACUGCGACACGAUGCUUCCAUAGAAAAGGAUGAAUCUCAUGCUGGAAAGGUUGUUCUGAGGUCCUGGUAUGAAAGAAACAAACAUAUUUUCCCGGCAUCUAGAUGGGAGCCGUAUGAUCCCACGAAGACAUAUCAAGCUCAGGAUUCUAAACUUGACUUCACAACCAGUACCAGUAUUUUCCAACCUACUGCUGCAGAGGGAACUGAGGAGGAGAAUGUAUUGAAGAAGCUUGCUAAAGGAUCUGCUUCUGGUUGCCGUGGAAUGUGUAAAUGCUCGAAAUCUACUGUCUGUGAAAUGCAUUAUCAAGCCAAAACAUUUAGAUAAACUGUUCAUUCUUUCUAAUACAGUGAUUUGGAAUAGGGAAGACGACUAAAAUUAUAUAAUCUAGAUAGUCCAAUCAACAUGAAACACAGCAGCUGUGAAUUGUGAGUGUCUAGUGUGAACAACCCCUGUCACUAUAUUAUUUGAAUUUUAAGCUAUUGGUAAAACUAAUUGCUUUAUAACAUCAGAUACAAAAAGAUUGGUUAAAUGUCGUCUUCAUAUUACACAGAUGAGAUGUAUGGGCCUCACUGUAUAUAUACUACUAUCAACUUGAAGAUAUAAAAAUGAACCUUAUUUCAGA